AUGCGUAUCGAUGAAACUUUUUGCAUAUCUGCGGUUACAUUUUACAAGGCUCAUCCUGUCAAGCGUACUCAAAAGCUCAAAUACAAAGAAAUCGUCCAUGUAAUAGCUCUGGCACUACUUCAUUCGCUGGUUGCCGGACCCCUUCUACUUUAG